AAGCACUCACUUCGUCCUUGUUGUCGUCUCCAUCUCCCCAAACUCACUCUUUAAUCUUCAUCUCGCCCGUUGCUCGUUGAACUGCGGAGGCGGUCCUCAUUGUCUCUGAGUCGUGCUGCACCUUCCGGUCCACUACCAGCCCCCCGUGUUUUCUCUUUUGGGCGCCUUGCGUAUCCCCAGCUUCCCCGCCUCAUUACACAGCAGCCUGGAGCUUCAGCCUCUGUGCAUGCACUUCUUCUCAUCCUCGAGCUCCGCUGCUUGACGAUUUGAAACCAUGGCUGACCUCACGGGCGGCGCGGAACUAAAUCACCCCAUUCUCAACCUCACCCCCGAAGAGAAGCGCGCAUUCCAAUACCUCUUCCAACAGGCAGAUACUGAAAAGCUGGGUGUCGUCACUGGCGAAGUCGCUGUCAAGUUCUUCGAGCGAACCAAACUGCAACCUGCGAUCUUGGGCGAGAUAUGGCAGAUUGCUGAUACGGAGAACCGCGGUCUCUUGACCUCCUCUGGUUUCUGCCAGGUCCUGCGCUUGAUCGGCCACUAUCAAGCUGGACGAGAUCCAUCAGCUGAAUUAGCUUUCAGGCCUGGUCCGCUACCGAAAUUCGAAGGCCUCACCAUUCCUACCGGCCCAGCACCAGUACAGACCCAUAUUCCACCGCCACCUGGAACCCUACAACCUCAGAUCAGCGGCAGCGGGCCUAUACGAGUACCUCAACUUACUCCAGCAAAAGCUGCAGAGUAUGCAAGCCUUUUUGAGAAAUCAGGCGCACAGAACGGUAUCUUGUCAGGCGAAAAUGCUAAACAGAUCUUUGAGAAGGCAAGGCUACCCAACGAAACUCUGGGCCGGAUUUGGAAUCUGGCGGAUACAGAGCAGCGUGGAGCCCUCGGUGUGACACAAUUUACCAUCGCCAUGCAUCUCUUGGCGUCCUGUAGGACUGGAGCGAUGAAAACCCUUCCGACCACAUUGCCCCCAGGGUUGUUUGAGGCUGCAUCCCGCAGAGCUCCAAUUGCUCCAGCUGGCCGCCGACCCGAAGAUCCAAUCCCUCGUCAAUUCAGUGGCACCAGACUCCAGAGCAGUAGCCCACUCUCCCAUAGUCAAUAUGGCACGCCUCCCACGCAAUCAGCCCAGGCAACUGGGAAUGAUUGGUUGAUUAGUGCACAAGAGAAGGAUUCCUACGACAAUCUCUUCAGCAAAGUGGAUACAUAUGGCCGCGGGUUUAUCACUGGUGAACAAGCGGUAUCAUUCUUCAGCGACUCUGGGCUCGCCGAGGAUGUUCUUGCGGGUAUCUGGGAUCUCGCAGACAUCAACUCUGAAGGCCAAUUGAGCAGGGACGAGUUCGCAGUGGCCAUGUACCUGAUAAGACAGCAGCGUAACCCAGGAAAACAGCUCCCAACUACGUUGCCACCUAACUUGGUGCCACCUUCCAUGAGGAACCAAGUGCGGUCACAACCAGCUAGGCCAACCCAGGACUCCCAUAUUCCCGCCUUCGCACCACCACAGCAGCCAAAGUCAGCUGCGGAUGAUCUUUUUGGACUUGGCGAUGCAUUCUCGGAUCCUGUUCCCCCAGCAGCAGCUCCCGCGCAAGUCCAACAGUCCACUGGCGGAUCCGCGCCUUUCAGCAAACCAUUCGACUCGGACCCAUUCGCAAGCAAGGCAGCGUCGCCAACCUCUCCUCACCCAUUCGCUCCUGCUCCACGCAAUCCAGCGUCGACAUUCAAGCCUUUCAUGCCGAGCUCUUCAUUCGGUCAAACCCUUACGACGCAGUCCACUGGUCAAUCUGCAUCAUCGGCGACGCAACCUAAGCCCAAUCAGCCAUCACCCAUGGACGAUCUCCUGGGUGAAAGUGAUCCAGAUAUCAACAAGAAGUUAACUCAGGACCAGACGGAGCUGGCAAACAUGUCCAAUCAGAUGAGCACACUGCGGACGCAGAUGCAUGAAGUGCAGAACAAGAAGGUCACAACCGAGCAUGAUCUCAAUAGUGUUAACAAUCAGAAGCGGGACCUAGAAUUGCGCCUUUCCCAGUUCAAGACUCAGUACGAACAGGAAGCUAAGAACGUAAAACUAUUGGAGGAUCAGCUUGCCACUUCCAAGAAUGAGACUCGAAAACUACAGCAAGAUCUGAGCGUCAUCGAGGCGCAAUACCAGGAACUUCAAGGCCAAUACCGCCAAGUUGGUUCUGCGCUCGAGACGGACCAACGCGAAAAUGCCAAUCUCAAAGAGCAGAUCCGGGUUCUUAACGCUGAGAUUGCACAGCUCCGCCCACAACUCGACAAGAUGCGCACCGACGCGCGUCAGCAGAAGGGUCUUGUCGCCAUCAACAAGAAGCAGUUGGCAACUAACGAGAAUGAACGGGAGAAGAUCUCGAAUGAGAUCAGCGACCUCGCCAAAGCAUCCGAGGAAGCACUUCGCAACCCUACAACCCAAACGCCUAGUGUAGCCAGCCCUGCGACUUCUACGGCUAGUCACAACACCAACCCAUUCUUCAGGAGGUCGCCUCAACCAUCUACAGACAACACCAUGACUCCUUCGGGAUUUUCGCAAGGCACGCACAAGGACUUUGAUAGCGUAUUCGGGAACACCUUUGCCUCGCCUCAGAGCACCGUCCCUCCCACGUCGUUCAGAUCUGAUAGCCACAGUCAGGUUCCGACCUUCUCCGCUCCGUCUGGUCAAUCCGUUCGCUCGUCAGAGGGUCCAGAUGUUCCGACGCCUUCAACGUCGCCUCCUUUAUCCACUACCUAUCAGGAUUCUCCUCGGGGUGGGGAACCUCCAGCACCUCCAGAGUCACGCCAAUUCGCAUCUAGCUUCCUUCCUUUGAGAGACACAGUACCACGGUCCGAUUCCUUCAGUUCAUCCGUCAAGGUGUCUGCCCCUGCUAGUAGGUACGGUGGUCCAGGCAACGAGACGCCUACAAUUACCAAGGCCUCGCCAGCAGGGACCCCGGUCCCUGAGAAGCCUAGCGUUGAACGGUCCAGCACCUCGAAGACUGAGACCGAUGCUUUUGGGCCUUCACUCUUCGACCGAAAUACAACUGCGUCACCAGUUGCUAGCGUCACGAGCGACACCCAAAGGUCAGGCACAAAGAACGACGAACGUAAAGAUACAUUCCCCGGGUUUGGAGCUCCCGCUGUUGGACACGAUGUUCCGGGCGCCUUCCCCAGAGACACGCAUUCUCCCUUGCAGCAAGUCCCCACAGGAGAGAGCAGCUUUAGCAGCCAAAGCAAGUCUAAGGAUCCUUUCUCUUCAGCAUCCAAGGAUUCUGAUCGUGGUGGAGCGUCCAGCAAGGUCGAUUUCGAUUCCGCAUUCGCCGGCUUCGGCGCAAAUCGCCAGGGCAAUGAAUCUAGCUCUGCCAACGGUAAUCCUUCAACAUCUAAGAAGUUCAACAAAGAAUUCCCUCCCAUUGAGGAUCUUAGUCGCGAUGAUGACAGCGAUAGCAACAGCGAACCGGGCUUUGCAGACAACUUCACGUCUACUUCGCCACAACAACAGAGGCCCUCUACUUCGCAGUCGCAACAACAGCGAUCUGCAUUCAGCGCUGACGGACCCGCCAUACCACCUCCGACAACUCGUCUCGACUCCAGCACAAGCGGUCUCCCUUCGCCAGGAGCCCAGAAGUCUCCGCCCACUUAUGAUCAAAGUGUCCCUAGCAAGACCGGCUCGAACCAGUUCCCCCCAGAAUUCGGAGGACUUCUCCCCUCCCGUACUGAUCCGACUUCUCCUCCUGUGGCUUCUCAGUCGCCUGAACGCUCUUUCAGCACGAUGUCUGCCGGAAGCCAGGGCGCAGCUUUGUUUGGUGCUCCUUCGGCUAGCAAGCCCACUGCCACUUCUCCUCCUCCGACUGAUACUCCAUCAUCCACCGUCCCAUCAGACACGUAUCAAUCUGCAGUCUCUCAGGGGACCAGUGAGACCAACAAAGGUCCAUCACCGCCAACGAAUGCCCCCCAGGCCGGCAGGUCUAUGUUCAAUGACGACUUCGAUGCUGGUUUCGACGACCUGACCGAUGCAAAGGAGGCAGAUGAUAAAACCGAUGAUGAUUUCAUCUUGUCGUCUCAGCAUCGUGAGGGAUUUGAUGAGUUUAACCCAGUAUUUGACUCACCCGCUGCGUCAAAGUCUAAUACAAUGGCUUCUCAGCAAACACCCACCGGAAAGGCUUUUGGCGAUGAUAGCUUUGGCGAUUUCGAGCAUCUUUCACAGAGCUUCAGUCAGCCGAAAACCCAGCAGCCAACCGCUUCAUCCUCGCAGGAUUGGGACGCAAUCUUCUCGGGUCUAGAUACACCUCAAAACGAGAAAGGCCCACAGCAGUCUUCUGGUGAUGCUGGAAAAUCUGUCUUUGAUUCGCUCGACGGCGAAGAUUCCUCUUCCUUGUCUAAACCGGCCAUGCCUCAGCUUGGUCGUGCCAUUAGCAGCGGUACUGAGCAUGAUGACCCCAUCUUGAAGAAAUUGACCGGUAUGGGCUACGCUCGUAACGAUGCUCUUUCCGCACUUGAGCAAUACGACUACGACAUCAACAAGGCAGCUGAUUAUCUCACUUCCUCCAAGUAAACACCAAGGGACUUUGCAGACUGCUUGCCAUGGAUAUCCGAUACAAGCAUGGCCACGCGAAGUGGUCUAUGUCCGUUCCCUUCUUACCUUUCAAGAGUUACUAUAGUUUGCGAUGGUUUAAUAUUUGUACGAAUACUUCUGCUUGCAAAGCUAUCGGAGAGAUGCUUAGCAAUGCUUUCCAUACCCACAGCGUUGGUUUACUAUGUGUUUGGAGCAGAAUUCAGCGCGCAUACCGACACGCCAUCUUGAUGGGCUUGACUUAAUUUUUGGCUUUCUGGCGGCAUUCAUUUGGCUCGUUCUACAACCCUACGACUUUCCAUUUGCACAUACUUGAUUAGUCAAUUUAUUGCAUUCGUUUCCCUUGCUCCUCC